UUUGCAAAUCUGUGCUCAAAUCAAACAGUUACAGAGCAAAAUUUCGUUCGAACAGCAGUAGUAGGUUCCUCUCUCUCUAUCUCUAGCUGCUUUCGGAGUGACUCUUCACCUUCUUUCUCUGUUGUCUUCACGGAAAUUAAAGCUUCUGUUUCACUCUUCAAUGGCGGCCGAAGAGGUUAAUAAACCUCCAUCACUCCCUCCUUACCCUGAGAUGAUAUUUAGGGCUAUUGAGGCAUUGAAUAGUGACAAUGGUUCAAACAAAUCCACCAUAUCAAAGUACAUUGAAUCAACAUAUGGGAACUUACCAACUGGGCAUUCAUCUUUGCUAACGCACCAUUUGAACAUGAUGAAAGCCAGUGGGGAACUUGUGUUCUGGAAGAACAACUACAUGAAGAGGGAUCCCACGGCACCUCCCCGGCGGGGACGUGGCAGGCCUCCAAAACUGAAGGUGCCUCUGCCGCCUGGUUCUGUUUUAUCCCCGCCGAAGCCAAGAGGCCGCCCGCCUAAGGACCCGAAUGCGCCUCCAAAACCUCCCAAACCACCAAAGCCAGUGCAGAUGAAGGUAUCUUCUGGGACUGGAAAACCGAGAGGACGGCCAAGGAAAUUCCCUCGGCCAGCAACCCCGCCAGCUCCUCCGGUACCGAGUGGGAGGCCCAGAGGUCGACCUCCCAAGGUGAAGGGUCCAUUGACAGAAGUUAGCGUUCAACAAUAGAUUGUUGCAGUGCAGUGUUAAUUGGUAGUAUCUUGACUCUUUCUCUAUCUCACUCGUAUCUCUCUCUCUCUUUGUUGCUGUGUGGGGAGUUGUAGUUGUAGUGUUAGUUUUAGUUUGAUGUGGGUGUGGGUGUAAUUCAUGUAAAAUGUGUAGUGGUUUGUGAGUCUCUGUUGCUUUCUAAUUUACGAAGUGAACAUUGACCUGUGCUAAUCAUAAUUUGUUCAGUGUUUCAAUCCUUAAA